AUGGUUGUUACAAAUGAAGAAAUAAUGGAAGGUUUUCAAGGAGAGUAGGAUCUUUAAAAUUUGGCAGACAAGGUAAAGACUGAGAAUGUGGAGGGAAAUUACAAGCAAGUGGUGGAAACAAUACAGGAUUUAUUCCAAUAGGAAGGACAAUCAAAAUAAAAAUAUUUUGCAAUGAAACUGAUGAUGUUAUUGAGUAAGAAAUAACUAUUCAUCAACAGUUUCAUUAAGGCUAAGAAUCUCUUUGAUAUUUUGGGGGAACUUGCUAUGUGUGACUAUCAAAAACCUUACGAGUAGAGAGGAUUCAAAAUAUUCGGGGCUCAGGAGGAUCAAUUCUAUAGUCAGGGUUUCUAUGAUUUAUUGAUGGAAUGCAUUUCAUAUUGGGGAACGAAGUACGCUACCGAUUAGAAGGGGAAUCCUACGAAAUUUGGUAGGCUUCUUGAAAAGUUAACCAACUAGGGAUUGAAACCGAAGGUAGACUUGCAGCACUUUGAAUUAACAGAAGAGCAAAUAGAGAAAUUAAAAAGUUUUAGUAUGCCAACUGAAUAAUAAAAAUUAAAAAGCAACAUGAAUGAUUAUAGUUUGGAGGAAUUGAAAAAAAUGUAUCAAGAAAUGUUCAGCCAAACAAAUGACUUGGUUGAGAGUUUAGAAUAAAAUUUAAAGGGAGAAGACCAAGCAACUGAGAUUAUGGAUUAAUUGAUGGAAAAUGCCUAUAACGACGCAGAGAAAUUGAAGCCAAAUUUGGAAUUGUUGCAUGCUCGCCAAAGCGAAUUGGGAGAAGGCCAAAGAAAAUAAAUUGGUUAUAGAUUCAAAAUCAUUUCUACUUUAAUUGAAGCUCAUAAAGCAAUGCGAGCAGAGGGAUUUACGAAUGAAAGCUACUAGAUUUUCCGCUAUGAAGUCUUAUAAGCUACAAGAGAAAUCACGGGGUCUGAAAAACCAAAACCCCCAGCAAAUUAUGGCAAACCUCCCUAAUAAUAACCUAAUCCCUAACCAGAUAUAAAAGUCCAAACUUAAUAGAUUCAAAAACCACCCCAAUAGCCAGACAAAAGAUAGGCUCAGCAACCAUAACCAUAUCAAAGUAAAUAUCCCCCUGCAAAAGAACAACCAUAUUAAAGUAAAUAUCCCCCUGGGAAGGAACAUGAAAUUUAAAAAACAAUCCAGUAAUCCGUUCCUUACAAUCCAUAAAAUCAACCGAAUUAUCAACCCUAGACAUAUGCUAGAAAUCCACAACCAUAACAAUAAUAAUAUUAAUAACCUAAGUAAUAGAAACAACCCUAUUAUCAACCGAGUCAGCCUUAUUAACAGCCAGAAAAGCAUGUGCAAUAGCCUCCUCCUUUUAAGAAAUUGCCUAUAGCUAGAUCGUAUGAUUUUCAUUAAAGUCCCAAUAAGGAUUAAUUUUUUGAAGAUAAUUAUGACAAUAAAAGUUAGAGCUCCUAGUAAACAGGAAAGGAGUUCUAUUUGAAAGGACAGCUUGGAUUAGAGUAAUAGGUUUAUGAAGGGGAAUUUAUUCCCUAUGAUGAUAGAAAUUUCACUAUUUUUGAAGAGAUCUAUAACAGCAAUAGUGGGAUAAGUAGGAUAAAAAGAGCGAAUUUGAAGAGCAGAUAUUCAAUAUUUGAAUCUCUUGAUAUUCAAAUUGGAUUCGAUUCAAAUUUGAUUUAUCAUGAAAUAACAAAUCGUUUUUAUCUACGAAUUCGUUUGUGCGUUGGAAAUAAAACAUAAUAGAUUUUACAGAAUGUCCAAUAUUAAUUUGAAGGAGACACUUGUAUGGGUCUAUGGACGUAGGAGCCAAUUUAUUAGCAUAGUCACACGAUAUAAACGGAUUAGUUAGGAAGAUUGAUAUUGAAUCCGAAAUAAUAGAUUUACAUUCCGAUAUGCAUUAAUUAUAACCGUGUUCCUUACUAAGUAAUUUCAGGGAGAAUUAGUUACGAGAUUGCAUAUGAGGAAGAGGGAAGAAUAUCUCAUUUCAUCCUUCCUUGUUUAUUAACAAAGUUCAUGAGUUUUAGAGACACCACUAUAGAUUCAUUUCUGGCAAGGUGGGAGUAUAAAUCCAAAAGCAUUUUAAAGUCAGAGUAAGUACGUCUAAAUCAAAAGAUCGUUAAUUCGAGAGAUGAUAUUUUAAAACAUUUCGGACCAAACAACGUCUUGAUUUUGCAUGGCGAAGAAGAUAUGCUAACGAGCGAUGCUAAUUAGAUGUAAAAAAAGACUGAAAUGGUGGGCAGUGAAUAUGGGUUGGUAUUUACCUUAAGUAGUCCAUAAAUAGAAUUUUUACUGAAAAUAAUUUUAUUCCCAAAUCAAACUGUUUUGUUUCAGAUAAUACCUUACUCAUCUUACUAAACACAAGCAGAGGCGAUUUUACACACCCUUGUUUUUUUAUUUGGCUUGCCAGAUUGA